AUGAAGUUCAUCAACGCCAUCGUCGCCGCAGCCGUUCUGGCAGCGUCUGCAGUGACAGCAAAAGAAACCAUCGAAAUUUGCCGCAACAACUUGCUCGUCUUCUGCGAGAUCAAUGCCCCAGCCUGGAAUCGCGAUUGCGUCGAACUCGGUGUUGAGUAUGACAAUCUCGUCAGCUCGUUCGAUACACGCGGUCUGACCUGCGAGUUCUACGAUGAACCCGGGUGCUCCAAGGAUACCGCAUGGUUUGAACACACCGGUAAAAUGCCUGCCCUCAAUGCCGCCCCUGCUGGAAAGGAGGGUUGGGAUGACAGGAUCUCCUCAUACAAAUGCAUACCUCCGCAGGAGGAGCGUUAA